AUGGCCAUCGGAAUUGACAAGCAUCGAUUAGCUUUCGAAAUAAUGAAAAUUACCUUUCAAAUGGAAGAUAUGAUAAAACAAACUCCAAAUUCUUUAUUACAUGAAAUGAAUAACAACGAAUAUGUUCGUUACACGGAUUUACUAAAAAGAAAAAGUGCAAUGAUUGACGAACUUCAAAAGUUGAUGUUAAACGAUGGAGAUUUAUGA